AUGCGAUGAUGCGGCACGAUGCCUACAGCCGCCCAACGUGUGAUGGUGCCGGGGCCUCGGGCUCCCCACGUGCCACUGCGCCCACCAGCAGCCCAACUCCGCCCGCCAACUGCGGCAAGCCGGACCUCCAGGCACGCGCAAAUACCGAGCAAAAGGGAGGGCAGAGUGGCCACGCAGCAGAGAGAAAUGGCCGGCAGUCGCCGCGCUCAAGCGACUCGCCCGGGUCCGGCACUGGACCAACGUUACCAAACUUCUUCAGCAGCCACAUGUUCCCCUCGUCCAUCUCCAACAUUCAGCAGCUGGUCAACAGUCAGCAGCUUUUCCCGAACACCGCCAACAACCACUCGGAGUCAGGGAGCAAACGUGGAGGAGCAUCGCGACCCCGCAUCAGGAAGCGCCAGGGAGCCAGUGAUGCCUCACGCCCCACUGCCUCUCUCCGUCAGCAGCAGCAACAGCUCCAAAUAGAUGCAGCCAAAGUGCCGCCACCUGCUGCUGUGGACACCAUCAUAGCCCAAGGCAGCAAGCAGUUGGUCGUACAGCCGACUACUGGUCGCCAAAGGUCACGUCCUUCUGCAGGGACGGCCAGCAAAAGCACCUCGACAUCUAGAAAUCGUCAGUCGGCUGCGGGUAGUUUCCUGUAAGCAGCCCGGUACCAGUAGUGCCCCUGUAAGCUCUGGCUGUACAGGUACAGAAGCUGCCACUGAGGGCAUUGUGUCGAGCGCAGCCGGCGGAGCAGCCAUGAGUAACGGCAAGAAGAGACAGAGGCGCGUGAGAGCCCCCGCUUCGGUUAAGAGCGCUGCUGGCGCUUCUGUGCCCAAAAGGGCGCUUCGCAAGAGGGACAGAAAGACGAGCGCAGGGCGGUUGGCCGCACAUCCUGAGGGCUCCAAGCAGGGAGAUGGGGCGCAGGCAGCCGCACGCAUGGACGCCACCGGAGCCUCCGCUGCGUGCGUGGUCACGGGGGAGGCUUCAUCAGCUGCUCCUGCCCCUGACCCGGCCGUGAGCAAGAAGAAGAAAAGCAACCCUCCCCCCCAGGGCAGCAAGCGGAGUGAGAUGGCCCUGGCGCGCUACAACUACUUCUGCCAGAAGCACCGACCACAGAUUAUGCGUGACCACGCGGACGCGAGUGAAGAGGAAGUGGAGCUGAUCCUGCGUGCGCAGUGGGACACGCUGAGCGAGCGCCAGAAGUACCGCUACCGGCCGCCCACAAAGCCCACCACCAUUGGGGACGAAGACUCGGGCGACAGCGCGAAGCGUCAAAGGCGACCCACCAAGAAGUUACUUGAGUCGACUGGAGAUUUUGCUGAGGAGUCUCCCAGGAAGAAGUCUAAGAAGGACCUCAAGGACGUGUACCACCCCUCAUCACACAUUGACAAGAGCAGGUCGGCCGGCACGGAAGACACCACGUCCCCCGAGAGCUACUCCACGCCGGCACCGCCAACCGGGCCCUCAGAGGUGAGCCAGCUGGCUGAUGCGUGCAAGCCUCUGAAGAAACGUAACCGCGCGUCGGCGCCCGAGGCCUCAUCAUGCCCUGUGCCGCUGAAAGAGAAGGCGGCGUCUGGUGAUACUGGCUCUGCUCAGGAGUCGGAGGUGUCAGAGGAGGGCCAGGUGGAGGGACCUGCGGAGGACGAGGAGAGCGCCGAUCUGUCCCUGGCCACGGUGUCUUCUCACAAGCGCUCCGAGCGCGGGGCCGGGGGCUCCACCAAGAAGGAGAGCGUGUGCCAGAUCUGUGAGAAGACGGGGGAGCUGAUACUCUGCGAGGGCCAAUGCUGCAGUGCCUUCCACCUAUCCUGCUUGGAACUUGACACAAUGCCCUCCGGCAAGUUCAUGUGCAGCGAAUGCAAGUCAGGUGUGCACACGUGCUUCGACUGCAAGGAGCCGGGCGCCGACUUGAAGCGCUGCCUCGCGCCGCUCUGCGGGAAGUUCUACCACGUGGAGUGCGUGCGGCGCCUGAGCGGGACUGUGCUGGAGGGCAAGGGCUUCCGCUGCUCGCUGCACGUGUGCCUGGCCUGUCACAUUUCACAGCCCGACAACCCGCGCGCAUUCAGGGGUGGCCGCCUCAUGCGCUGCGUACGGUGCCCCGUAGCGUACCACACUGGGGACAACUGCAUCGCAGCAGGCAGCACCAUCCUGGCCUCCAACAGCAUUGUGUGCCCAAAACACUUUGCAGCCCAGAAGGGCUGCAACCACCACUCGCAUGUUAACGUCAGCUGGUGCUUCGUCUGCUCAAGAGGAGGGAAGCUGCUGUGCUGUGAGGCGUGUCCUGCCGCCUUCCACCCCGAGUGCCUCUGCAUGGACAUGCCGGAGGGCAGCUGGUACUGCAACGACUGCAAGGCCGGGCGACGGCCUCACUACCGCGAUGUCGUCUGGGUCAAAGUGGGCAGCUACAGGUGGUGGCCAGCGGAGGUGUGCAACCCGCGCUCUCUGCCCACCAACAUUCUGACCCUGCGGCACUCCCUGGGCGAGUUCCCCGUGCGCUUCUUCGGCUCGCAUGACUUCUUCUGGACGUACCAGGCGCGCGUUUUCCCCUACCUGGAGGGAGACAAGGGCAGCACGGCCAACAGGACCAAGGGCAUCAACCGAAUCUUCAAGCAGGCCCUUCAGGAGGCAGCCAGCCGCUUCCAGGACUUGAAGAUGGUGAAGGCGCAAAAGGAGGCACAGGAGAAUGAGCGCAGCCAGCGCAAGCCUCCACCCUACAAGCAUGUUAAGGUGAACAAACCGGUAGGCCGCGUCCAGAUCUAUACAGCCGACCUGUCCGAGAUCCCGCGCUGCAACUGCAAGCCCGCGGACGAGUCACCCUGCGGCCUCGACUCGGAGUGCCUCAACCGCAUGCUUCUGUACGAGUGCCACCCGACGGUGUGCCCCGCGGGCCACCGCUGCCACAACCAGUGCUUCAACAAGCGCAUCUACCCCGACGCUGAGAUCUUCCGCAGCGAAAAUAAGGGCUGGGGCCUGCGCGCCAAGGCCAACAUCAAAAAGGGGGAGUUUGUGAACGAGUACGUGGGGGAGCUGAUUGACGAGGAGGAGUGCCGCGCUCGCAUCAAGCAUGCGCACGAACACCACCUCACCAACUUCUACAUGCUCACCAUUGACAAGGACCGAAUCAUCGACGCGGGGCCCAAGGGGAACUUCUCCCGCUUCAUGAACCACAGCUGCCAGCCCAACUGCGAGACGCAGAAGUGGACAGUGAAUGGGGAUACCCGCGUGGGUCUCUUCGCCGUCAGUGAUAUCCCAUGCGGCACGGAGCUGACGUUCAACUACAACCUGGACUGCCUGGGCAACGAGAAGACUGUGUGCAUGUGCGGCGCCCCCAACUGCAGCGGCUUCCUGGGUGUGCGGCCUAAGUCGGCGGUUGUGGACAAGAAGCCCAAGCGAAAGUAUCGCAAGCGCAAAGUGCGAGCGGACAAGGUGCACGACAGCGAAUGCUUCCGCUGCAAGGACGGAGGCGAGCUCGUCAUGUGCGACCACCGCAACUGCACCAAAACCUUCCACCUGGCGUGCCUCAACCUCGGCACGCUGCCCGAGGGCAAGUGGGAGUGCCCAUGGCACGUGUGCGAUGUGUGUGGGAAGACGGCGGUGGCGUUCUGCCAGAUCUGCCCCAGUUCAUUCUGCAAGCAGCAUAGUUUGGGGGCCCUGAGGCCCAGCUCCGACGGACAACACCGCUGCUUUGCCGAGCAUGAACACGACAAGGUCACGGCGGCCCCCGCCGCUCCUCCUCCUCCUACGGAGGAGCCACGCAGCGCCGCGCCGGAGAAACGGCGCCACCGGAACUCCGUCUCGGCCGAGACCACGACGGCAGCGGAAAAAGAUUGUGUCGGUCAGAAGCAAUACUCCCCGGGCUCUCGCCUUCCUCCCGGGGUUAAGGCGGCACGGGGCAAGGGCGAGAUGAGGGCGGCACGUGCGGCCAAACGACCCUCCCCUGUUGAGGAGGCACAGCCCUACCUGGGCUUUCCGGACGUCUCCAUUCCCGCAGGCUUCUCCGACAUGGACAUCUCGAGCGACGUGUGUCUGCAGGACAUGGCGGCGGCGGACGAGGAAGCGGAGUGCCUGUCGGACGUGGGCGACGUGGGGGCUCGAGCGGACUGCCUGCGGGACGCGAUGCUGGGGGAGGGCCGGGGCUGCCUGUCACGUGGGGGCCCGCUCUCCCUCACGGGCAUGCGCAUUGUGGAGAUCACGAGCGCCAAGCGUGCGGGCUGCACGGCGCAGGACCUCUGCGGCAGCGGCGUGGAGGAAGAGGAGGAGGAGGGCGCGUGCCUGCCGGAGCCGCUCACACUGGAGCAGCACCACAACCACCACCUGCAGCAGAUCGUGAGCGCGCGCCGCGGGCCGUUCUACCCCGAUCUGCUGCACGGCACGCGCCGCAGGGGCGGUACAGAGCUCUGCCUGGCAGACGGGCUGAGCGAGAUCGCUAGCAUCGAGCGCGUGUGCGUGGGGGAGGCAGGGGAGGUGACGGCAGUCGAACGCGUGCACGUGGGGGAGGUGACGGGAGUCGAGCGCGUGCGCGUGCCGGGCGCGGUGGGCAGCGCCGGUCUGGGCGAGAUUGCCAGCGUGGAGCGUGUGUGCGUCACGAGCGCGGGAAUCGCGCGCACCGAACGCGUCGACAUGAGCGACCUGUUGGGGCCCGACGGAGGCUUCUUCCCGGCGGCCAUGAUGGGUCGCCGCUGCUUGCCCGACUUCUCGAUGGGGGAGCUACCCGGGCCGGGCCCGCACGGCUGUCUGCAGGACGUGGGGCUCAGGGACCUGGCGGCCCAGGAGCCCGUGUGCCUCUCGGACUUCAGCAUGAGCGAGAUAUUGAGCGACCAGGACGUCUGCCUGUCCGACGUCAACAUGAAGACGCAGUCGCUGUGGGGGCCUUGACGGCCCGACGUGCCGCAGCAACAAGAGGCAGCAGCCCCUUGAAAUCAUACAACUCUCCCGUCAACGACCUCUUGUCAACGCACAACUACUGGAUGAAAGGAACCAUGGCAAGCGGUGCUCCUGUGUUUCACUGUAUCUCGAGGUCUGUGGGCGCGGCUUGUACCAGUAUCUGAAAAAACCAGCACUGCGUCUUGCUGCGGUGUCUCCGAUUGCUCGUUACUUGACAAGCUGUGACUGCGUCGGACUCAUCGGCGUGCCAUAUUCCACGAGGCUCGACGAGUGAUGAUGGCGCGGAUGGACGUUUUCACGAAAAGCGCGAGACAAUACGGAUCCGCCAGACAUGAAUGGGCGCAAGGCCUUCUCACUUACGCAGCUUCAGGUAUCCUGUUGGGAUGAUGGAGCCCUCCUAGCUGGCGUUAGCUUGAAUGAUGGUAAUUGUAUUCAGUCCUCCCAGAUCGCGAUGGGGCCUUUCCCAUAUCCUACCUCAGUGCUCAUCGUCUACGUCCGUAGCGCCUAUUAAUACAACUACACAAUCCCAUUCAAUGUAUUUAGAUUGUGUUGUUCCUUGGGCCACUUCUUGUAGAAUAUGGGAAUUUCUCUAGAUCUGGGAGAGGGGGGGGUGCGUUUUGGUGUUUAUUAAGACAAAGCUGUGUAUUUUAGUCACUAGUGAACAUUUCAUAUACUGUAGUGAUCCUGUAUGUGUAAUUUAUCCAUUUAGUGUAGUUAUUAGUGGAAAUACUUGAGCCUCUGAGUAUUGUGUUUGAAGUACGGCAGGUGGGCUUUGCUUCAUGCCUAGCGGGGCGGCUUUGCAGCGAUUGCAGUUAAAACCCCACAGCAUUAACCCACGUGGUGGCAGCAUGUGGCUGUUCCAGCAGCGUCUGUCUGCCAGGGCUCGGGGCACGGUGUCCUGUCAGCUGCAGCAACCCAAGCCACAUUACCACCUACCUACUGUAGUCUCAGUACCGUUUCGGAGAUCCCAGUCUUGUUGCAUGUAGUGACAGGAGAGAUGUAGUACCGUUUGUAAAAAAAAUGUUAAAAGAAAAAAAUUACAUUGCAGAUAAAAACGUGUUGGAAUGACUGUGCCGCAAUGCUUCAUGAGCAGUGAAUUGUAUGCAUGCUUGAAUAGGUGCCGUGUGCUUUAGUGUUUGCGUGUGACCGACCUUUAUCAAGAAUCAAUGUUUACCAGAUCUCUGCUUUAUUUUGAGAAUUGUGAGAGCACCUCUGUUUAGCGUUACAUGGGUCUGCAACAAGCAGGGGUGAACGCUUGCUGUACACCGUGCCGUCCGCUGGCUUUGCUGCAAAUGUUAAUGUUCAUUUGUUUACAGCCAUUUGUUCCCAGUUUAGCUCAGCCUGCAUUAGCCCCCCGUUGUGAGAAGUCUGACCACACUGAGAGUGACAAAUAAAACAUUGUACUCUGUGUUUUAA